GUUCCUGAAACAUCGGGCGCCGCUGCGGGUUGCACGGCUGUCUCCGCUUCGGUCUGCUUGUGCCGUCGCUGGGCUGGGGCUGCAGAGAGCCGCGCUGUCACCCUGGGGGCUGCUGGCUUCGGCGCGGAGAGGGGCGGGCAGCGCUGCAGUGGCAGCCUGGGAGAGCCGUCGCUUGCCCAGCCGGCAGGAGGGACCCUGACCCCCGCCUCUCCUCCCAUCUCCCCGCGAAGCUUCCUGCUGUAGAUCGGAGCUUCGGCAGGAGCCUCCUCCAGUCGCCGGGGAGUCCGGGACUUGCCUCGCCCAGGCAGCGAGCUCGGUCAGCUGCCAGCUCCCUUUGCUGUGCUCGGGGCUGCUCGUUAAGACCAGGUUUCCCUGGAGAUCCAUUAGUCCCUAAUCUCAGUUGCGACCUCAGUUCAUGGAUUAUCUGUGCUUUCGAGCGCUUUGCUGCAAAGGACCACCGCCACCGCGACCAGAGUAUGACUUGGUUUGCAUAGGUCUCACUGGAUCAGGCAAGACUAGUCUGCUAUCACAGCUCUGCAGUGAAAACAGAGAGAACAUUGUGUCAACAACAGGUUUUAGCAUAAAAGCAGUGCCAUUCCAGAACGCCAUCUUGAAUGUAAAAGAGCUUGGAGGGGCUGACAACAUCAGGAAAUACUGGAGUCGUUACUACCAGGGAUCCCAAGGAGUAAUAUUUGUAUUAGACAGUGCCUCUUCAGAAGAUGAUCUAGAAACAGCUAGAAAUGAACUGCACUCUGCACUUCAGCACCCACAGUUAUGCACGUUGCCAUUUUUAAUAUUGGCCAAUCAUCAAGACAAACCAGCAGCUCGUUCAGUACAGGAGAUAAAAAAAUAUUUGGAACUUGAACCACUUGCGCGAGGAAAACGCUGGAUACUUAAGCCAUGUUCCUUGGAUGACAUGGAAGCAGUAAAAGACAGCUUCGGCCUGCUGAUCAAUUUACUAGAGGACAGAGACCUUGAGCCUCCCCGAAUCUGAAGAAAACAAUGGUUGUUGGAUAGUGUUGUACCUGUUCGUUUUGCUUUCUGCUGAAUUAUGGUUUGAUAUUGAGAAGACUGCAUUAGAGCUUGCAAUAAAUAUAUUUUUUUGCG